GACACACUUGAUUGACUUGAAGACAGCCAUCCCUUUUGCCUGAAGCCUUUUCACUCAAGUCACGAGCAGACAGACACACGAUAGAUAUGAUGCAUACGGGUCUUUUGGCGAGAAUAUCGAAUGCGGUUUUUUGCUCACACACUCGCCCCCAUCACACAUCACACAGGCCAUGCAGCUGACACGCCUCUCACACACGCACAUCACACCACCUCACGCGCACAUACAAUCAAUGCAAAGGACGCCGAAGCGCACAAACGUGAAUAAAUAUUUGAGAAGCAGUAAGUAAGGCAUACAUAACACUGACUGACUUAUAUAGGUCGGCACACACACCUAUCGCACACGGCACGGCACAGACAGCACACACAAGAGGCAGGCAGAGAGGGCCAUCGACAGGAAAGACUUCACAGCGCACCAGGCAGCAACACCCAUAUGCACACAGCCAGCAGCACCAGCAGCAGAAAAGAAUAUUGACAUUCUUCAACAGCAAAACAUGCCAAACAAAGAGUGAGUGGUCUCUCUGAUGCACCACUCAUCAAUCACGCGCCCUUCUCGCCGCCGGGCUUGCUCAAAACCAGGGCGAAAUUGGGCUCGACCACCUGCACCGACCCAUCGGCCUGCACCCACUCAGCCGCGAACCGCUGCAGCUGCUCGUCACCGAUGUGGUCGACGGCGAAGACGCCGUGUGUGGUGGCCUCCCACCACACGAAGAAGUUCUCGAGUGUGUCGUAGGCGUGCAUCCCGUCCUUGCGGCUGAGGGAGAGGGUCUCGAAGCCCACGGCCUCGCCCAGUGUGCGGAGUGUGUCUGCGUCGCGCCAGUAGAAGUCGGCGUGGAUGGCGUCGCGGUCAGACGGGGGCAGGAGGGCCGUGGCCGCCACGAUGGUAUCGGGCAGCCGCUCAGUCGUCUGCAGGGCCAGACGGCCACCUGGCUUCAGCACCUGAGACCAAGACAACAGGGCAACACAAUCACAAAGUCCCACGCCAUCAUCUUGGUUUCUGUCCUGUGGUCGGUGCCUGCCUUGUUUGCCCCCACCCACCUGAUAAAGGCGUUUGAGGACGAGUAGGAUGUCGUGGUCGGUGACCCACUGGAUGACGUAGUUGGAGAAGACCACACUGAAGGGCCCCUCAGGCACAUCCGCGUCCCGGCCCUGUACAAACGUCACCUCGGGGUGGCACAGCCGCGCCACCUGCAGCCGCCGCUCGUCGGGGUCCAGCCCCACCACCUCCCCGGCAAGCGACGCCAUGUAGGCCGUGAUAUCCCCCGUGCCGCAGCCGAAAUCCAGGCACCGGUCGGCGUCGGUGAGGGCGAGCUGCUUGACGAAGUUGAUGCCUUGCUGGUACUGCCAGGAGGCGGUCUUCUGGUAGAGGGAACUCUGACACUCAUUGCCGCCCUUCUUGCCACCCAUGGCGCAUUCGGACAGCCUCUCCCACCGACCUCCGAGACUCAACGGUA